UGUUUCGAUUAGCAGAAGAUGAGGUACGCAUCCUUGUUCUAUAGAGUCCACCGUCUUUUUUCCUUUUAUUGUAAUAUCUAAACGGUAAUCUAUUUAUAGAUGGCUUAUGCGAUAGAAUCACAAGGUUCAAUUUAUUACAAUGGCGAUCUUUGCUCGGCAAGGGAAGCCGUCAGUUCAUGCUUGAGCCAAUAUCACCGUCUACACGAUCGGCUCAACAAAGUCGACAGCCUUGAACUCGAUUCUCAGUGGGCUGAUACCCUGGUCCAAUUACGCAUGCGCCUCGAUGCCUUGCCACUCGCUUAACUUGGCCUGAUGACCAUUUUAAAAAAAGGCCCCUUACUCCACUCUCCAGAAUUACUUAUUUAUAUCUCUCCUUUUCGCCUUUUUUUUAUUUAUCAUUGUCAUUAUUGUUCUCAUCAUUUUUUUUUUUUCGCCUCAUCCGGUUUCUUUUCUUUAUCUAUUUCAUUCUCCUCGAUGGUCUUGGUGAUCUUUUUCUUUAUGCUCUUUUUAUUGUUAUUAUCCUUUUUUGGAUGAAGAUCUCUCCUUGUUCAGACCGACAGAAAGAAUUAGCUUUUGUUUUUUUUU